CAUCCUCGGAGGAAAGAGAAGACGAGACAACUGAGUUUCCAAACAGCAGAUAUCAUGCAAACAGUCCGAAGAAGACAAUGGUUCUUCACACUGUGCUGUUUCCUGGUUGGCAGAUUAGCUGACUCCUCUUCCCUUCCCUCCACCCGUCUCCUGUCCGUCAGCUCCAAGGUGGGGAACCAGGUGGUGCUUCCCUGCAGCUGGAAGCAGCGCCUGGGGGACGUGGCCCCGCCCGCCUGCCACAUCCAGUGGAAGACCCCUCUGGACACGGUGUUCGAGCUGCGGGGGGAGCAGAAGUGGCAGGCGGAGGAGUUCCAGGGCCGGGCGGAGGUUCCCGAGGAGAGGCUGGAGUCCGGGGACUGUUCUCUGAUCAUCAGUGACGUUCAGGUCGGAGACACGGGGAGAUACGAGAGCUUCAUGGUGGUGGACGGCGUGAGGGCCACGAAAACCAGGGUCUUCAUUCAGAGCGUCAAGCUGUCUGUAGUCGACCACAAGUCCCUUCAGUCCCUAGGUCCAGGUGAGGACUUGGUUCUGGACCUGUACACUCAUCACUCUGUCAGAGUGGUCUUCCAGGGCAGCAACAGCUCGCAGUGGUCUGACCUGUGGAUGAGGGAGGACGAGAACAGCGAGCGUCUAGUGAAACACCCGCUGAGGGAGCAGCUGACGAUAAAGCAGAUAAAGUAUUCGGAUGAGGGAACGUACAAAGUCCUGGAUGCACAAGGCCUCACUGUGAGCACCGUGCGGCUCUCUGUGGAGGAAAAAUCCACAGCUCAAAAAGUCUACCAGACACAUCUGGAAAAUCCAGAGCUGACAGGUGAGAAACAAACAUUUAUAUUCUAGUUAAGAAUUAAAAAAAAAAGAAGUUUGAUGUGAUGAA